AUGGCCGCCGAGAAGCCCGACAGGAAGGAGAAGAAGGACAAGAAGCGAUCCGUGUCUGACGGCGCCAUCAAGAAGGACAAGAAGGAUAAGAAGGAUAAGAAGGACAAGAAGGAGAAGCUCGAGCGCGCCCUCGAUGAGCACCUCCAGGCCGACGUCGCCGCCACCGCUGUCGCCAGCGGCGACAUCGCGUCCAAGUCCGCCGUCGAUGGCCUCCCCGUCGUUGGCGCCCUCGUGCCCUUCGCCGUGCCAUUGGCCGACGAGAAGGCCAUGAAGAAGGUCAUGAAGUCCAUCCGCAAGGCUGCCAAGAACAACACCCUCAAGCGUGGUGUCAAGGAGGUUGUCAAGACCCUCCGCAAGUCUCCCGCCGCCGGCCCCGGCAACACCGCCUUCCCCGGCGUCGUUAUCAUUGCCGGCGACAUCUCCCCCAUGGACGUCAUCUCCCACCUGCCCGUACUGUGCGAGGACCACAACGUCCCCUACAUCUUCGUCACCUCGCGCGCCGAGCUCGGCGCCGCCGCCAAGACGAAGCGCCCGACCUCCGUCGUCAUGGUCUCGGAGAAGCGCUCCGCCGCCGACGCCAAGAAGGCCGAGAAGAAGUCCGACUCCAAGGACGACGAGGAGGACGAUGGUGAGGACUACUCCGAGGUCUACGCCGCCCUCGUCAAGCUUGUGCAGAAGGAGACUGCUAAGCAGUCCUUCUGGGCAUAA